AUCUUGUUGGUUCAAAAAAAGAAAAAAAAAUUGGCAAUCCAAUUGGUUGGUACUGCCAAAAUAAACAAGAGAGAAAGAGGAGAAGAAGAAUUGAAAUGGCAUAUAGGAGAAAGCAUGGAAUAAGCAGAUCGGCGACGUUCAAGGAGGAGAUCAACCGUUCACCUAUAGCGGGUGACGACAAUGACGACUUCAAAGCCAGAACAUUAAACUCCUCGUAUUCUUUCUCUGCUACAUCUAAGGGGUUCAAUGCCGUAGAAAAUCCAAGAAAUGCUUCCAAAGGAUUGUGGGGUGUUCUUGCUCGGAAAGCCAAAGCCAUUCUCGAGGAAGAUGAUCCUGACAAAACGGACAAACUCGGCGGUGUGGGAUCAUCGAAUAUGUUGGAUGCCUCAACAACUUCCCACGGCCAGAACCAACAACCAAAUGAGGGCCUUAGAAGAAUCGACAAUCCUAGAAUUCGAAGGGGACUGGAUAAGCUCAACACUUCCCUUAAUCACAUUUGUGACACAUUUGAAAAGGCUUUUGAGGAAGGUCGAACGAUAGUAGGAAAUAAAACCCAAGAUAUUAUCCAAGAAACUCGCAAUCUUAAAAUCAGGCGGAAAAGUAGCAGUCCCAUGGCAGAAAACCAGGUUGCUGGUCUCAAUAGCACGUCUCAGACCCCGACACUGCUCGACACUCAAACCAACAAUGAUAACCAGCUCAAGGCAUCUCGCGAAGUUGCAAUGGCCACAGCUGCUAAAGCAAAACUGCUUCUCCGGGAGCUGAAAUCUGUUAAAGCGGAUAUGGCCUUCGCAAAGGAACGGUGUGCUCAACUAGAAGAGGAGAAUAAAUUCCUUCGGGAGUGCGGGGACAAAGGGGAUAAUCCUGCAGAUGAUGAUUUGAUUCGGGUGCAACUGGAGAGCCUGUUGGCAGAAAAGGGACGUUUAGCGCACGAGAACUCACUAUAUGCAAGGGAGAACCGAUUUCUAAGGGAAAUAGUUGAGUAUCACCAACUAAGCAUGCAGGAUGUAUUGUACUUAGAUGAGGGGGCUAAACAGGUUACAGAAGUGGGAUGUCCCAUUAACUUCCCUUCUUCAACCAUGCUUUGUGAGUCCCCAACCUCACCGUCUGAGGUGACAAAGCUCAGCCCUCUCUCGUCGGCUUCUACAAUUUCCAAGGAGGAAAUCGUACAUAUCACUAAUUCGCCACCGGAAUCCGAUGAUUCCCCCAACUCCUCCAACUUAGGAACUGAUUGUAUCCCAUCGCCACCAGCUAAUCAGGAAAGAGAAACACGUGAUGCAAGAACAAAACCUCCGGUGUCAUCUGUCCAAAUGUAGAUUUUUACCUUUAUAUUUUGUUGGCUUUGAUUUGAACUCUCUUCUUUUUGAUUUUUUAUUAUGGUUUAUAAUCUUUGGAGGGUGAGGGUGAAGUAGGAAGGAGGGAUUUUGUAUAUUUUGUCCUUGUGUUUCAAUUACUGGCACUGCAAGAUUUAGUCAAAACAAUCUUAUGUACUUUUUUAAGUCUUU